GCAUGAGAUUUAGUUGUUGCUAGUGAUUAGCUGCAUGUGCUGCGAUUAGUGGUAAUCAUGUAAAGGGAUUUCUUGGCAAAUAAGUAGGAUUAGUUAGUUACUUAGUGCAUGGGCAUCCCACGUUUGUGUGCAUGGCGUGAGUUGUGGCUUAGUGGGUUUGGCCAUUGUUAUCUCUUUGCAUGUACUGAGUCUAUAUAAACAAGAAAACGAUGUGAGCUAGUUGGCUGCGUCAACCAAAAGCUUGAGUGUGUUCUUUCAGUUCUUCUGUGAGUGUGUCCACGAGAAAGAAAAUUUGAGUGUUUGUGAUUAACACCUAGAGAGUGAGGAGAGAUUCCUAACAGUGAGCUCGCACAAAUAGUUCUAAUCAAAUCCAAGCUAUCCAAACGGCACAUUCCAAAGCUUAACCCGCGUAAUUCCAUUAGCUUCCCGAGCGCGCGCGCGCGCGUCGACCGGCUUCACCUGCACGCUCCCAUGGAUCCUAUCGCCACCGCCUCUUGGCCGUCGACGUCGGCGUCGUCGUGGCCGCGGUCGGUGAGGCGCCGCGUGCCGGAGGCGGAGGAGGAGAGGGAGCUCGGGCGGCGGGUGGAGGAGAUGGAGGAGGCGGUGGAGCGGCUGCGGGCGGAGAAGGAGGCGGCCGAGGCGGAGGAGCGGGACCUCCGCGCCGAGCUGGACGCGGAGCGCGCCGCGGCGGAGACGGCGGCGAGCGAGGCGAUGCUGAUGAUCGAGCGGCUGCAGCGGGAGAAGGCCGCCGCGCUCUUGGAGGCCCGCCACUUCCGCCGCCUCGCCGACGGCCGCGCCGACCGCGACGGGGAGCUCCAGGACGAGCUCGCCUCCCUCUCCGCGCUCGCCGCCUCCUACCUCUCCCUCCUCCACGCCCACGGCAUCGACCCCGACGACGACGACGGAAGCAACCAGCAAGAGCAGCUGCAGCCUCCCGUCGAACACCUGGACGCGGAGGCAGACAGGGAGAGCCGCUCGGUGGUUGCGUCGCCGCCUCCGUCGGAGAAGGUGUUCGCGUACGCGGCCGCGACGGCGCCGGCCGCGGAUUGCGGCGCCGAGGUGACGGAGAAUCUGUACGCGAGGGUGGAGGCGCUCGAGGUGGACUGGUCGGCGAUGCGGAGGGAGGUGGCGGCGCUGCGGGCGGAGCGCGCGCAGGCGGUGCUGGCGAGGGAGGUGGCGCGGAGGCUGUGCCGGGAGGCGGCGGUGGCCGGCGAGAGGGGCGCCGUCGCCGUGGCGGCGGAGAGGCCGAGGUUCUCGGUGCUCGCCGUUUGCAAGUGGAUUUCCUUCAUAAUCUUCAGGAGAAAGAGAUGUCAUACUGCCAGGUUUACGUUCAGCUUGUCGACUACGCUUCUCUGCCUGCUUCUACUCGUCGACAAAUCCGUCCCGCUGCAUCGACGACGACGGCCACAAAUGUGACAUGUAUUCCUUUAAAAAAAAACAUAUGUGACAUGUACAACUAAUACACGACGCAGUUCAAACGACCAAGUUCAGAAAUCAGAACAUAGCAGUUUUCUCAAUUGUAAAGCCAAACUGAUGAACUCCUGUAAAAUUUGAUAACUUUUACGGUGCAAUUAACUAGACUGAUAAAUUAUAGCGUAAAAGUUCUCGUACCGUUUCUGUCUUCUAGCCAAUAAUUUACUGCUACCUCCACUUCAUGUUAUAAGUUGUUUUACCUUUUUCUAAGUUAAUGUUUUUUACUUUGGUAAAAUUUUUAAAAAUACAAU